AUGGUCAGGUGGCACAUGGCGAAAGUUGGGAGGUCGCGACGUAGGUCUUCUUACAGACAGUGCAGGAUGGCUCCCUACCAUUUGCGGACUUGUGGCAGUCAAAUUGAAGAGCAAUGCUGCCCGAAAGGCUCCGGAGGAUUAUUAGAUAAGAAAGAUUGGGAAGAUGUGACUUGCUCUGUUUGCAUGGAAUGCCCACAUAAUGCCGUCCUGUUGCUUUGCUCCUCUCAUGACAAGGGUUGUCGUCCCUAUAUGUGUGGGACUAGCUUCCGUUACUCCAAUUGUCUUGACCAAUACAAGAAAGCAUAUGCGAAUAGGGAUGUCGAGCAGUGUGAGAUCUCGGAGCUUGCAUGUCCUCUUUGUAGGGGCCAAGUAAAAGGGUGGACUGUGGUGGAGCCUGCCCGUGAAUAUCUGAACUCCAAGGAAAGAAGCUGUAUGCAAGAUGAUUGUUCAUUUGUUGGCACUUACAAGGAAUUGAGGAAGCACAUGAAGGGAGUUCACCCUUGUGCAACACCACGUGGGGUAGACCCUCUGUUGGAGCAGAAGUGGGGAAGGUUGGAGAGGGAGCGAGAGCGUGAUGAUGUUCUCAGCACGAUAAGAUCUACAAUGCCUGGGUCAUUGGUUUUUGGGGAUUACGUGAUUGAGAGAAACCAUGGUGACUUUGAUUCAGAUGAUGAUGAAGAUAUGGGGUUCAGCAUCGAGGCUGCAAACAGGAGGGAAGGAGGAGGAUUUGUGGGUUUUGAUCGGAAUCUGGCGAAUGUUUUUAUGCUGCUGCAUGCCUUUGGAUCAGCAUCAGGUUCCCACCACCAGUCAGAAGGAGCCGGUGGUGGCAUGCGACACCCUUCUCCAGUUGGUGGAUUGGCUUCCUUUGAUGAAGACAUUGACCAUCAUCACACCUAUGAUUGGACUGCAGACGGCAACAAUGAUGACAGUGGAGGUGAAACCUCACUUGCUUCUCGCCUCCGUGGUCAGGGGCAACUGCUUUUUAACAGUUCAGGUAGACGACGUAGGCGUAGAGACUUGGACGGAGGUGGCAGUUGACAAGCCGUAACAUGCCAGCAGUCAGGGGGAUUAGGUGACCUCGAAGUUGUGAUGAUUGUGUAUUUUAGCAUGUGCAUUUGUACAAUUCUUUUACAUUUAGAGCAGUCGGCCAUGGAGAAUGGCUGGAUAAAACUACUGAUUAUCUGCUGCCUUUACUUUAUCUGUAAUUUGGCUGUUCAUAUGGUAAGAACCGAAGCUGAGCUUCCUGAUCAGCACAACAGUUAGCUGUUGUUCCUAAUCGUACACUUACAGAUGUUGGUCAUUGGGAU